ACAUAUUUAAAAUAUCUAAGAAUUUUUUGGCACUUCACUCUCCUCCUCUUAAAGUUCUCUGAAUCUCUGUGGCAGUGUCUUUAGAUUCAGGAACAAAACAGAGAAAAGAGUUGGCUAGUUUUCAGGAGGGCAAAGUUCUCAUCCACCCAAUAGGCAGGAUGUUUUUUCUGCUUUGACUGCUGGCCUGAAUUCAGAUUCAAACCCACAUAUUCUAACAUAUGCAGGUAGGACAAUUACACUAAAAUAUGGACCCAAAUACCAUUUUUAAUGUCUGGGUAAUCAUAUAAGGGUUGAAGUAUCAGGAUAUUGAUAGAAACUCUGUUAUCAGAUGGCCUGGGUUUAAAUCCCAGCUCUGCCUCUUAUUAGCUGUGUGAACUUAAGGCAAGUUAAUUUCUCUAGGCAUUUGUUUCCUCAUCAGUCAUGCAGUGAUAAUAAUAGUACCUUCCUCAUAGUGUCAAUAUAAGAAUGAGAAGAGUCAAACCAUGCAAAUCACUUAAGGCAGUUUCUUGCACAAGCUCUUGAUAAAUAUUAGCGAUUGCUAUUGUUGCUGUUAUUAUUUGGUCAGUCAUGUUCCUUGUGAUGUCAUGUCUGAUUUUCAUGGGCAAGUGGACCCUUCUUUCUCUUCCUAUAGUGUCUAUGUCCUAGAAGCAUGCUGUUCUAGAACCAUUCACAUGUCUAGAACAGUUCACUUGUCUUGUGUCCCCACUAGACUGUCAGAUUUUUGAAGGUAUUUUAUACACAUUUUUAUAUCCCCAGUUUAUUGAAUAAACUAAUCUGAAAUAGGAACUAUUGGGUUAGAUACGGUUUCUAUUCAAAUUUGUAUUUUUAUACAAUUAGGCAAUAGAUUCCCUGGCACUUUCCCUGGCACUGGUAUGAGACCAGAAAACAUGACUAGGCUGCUUUGCUACUUACUGACUAUUUGACCUUGGGUACAUAGAUGACUGCAUUUCUUGAGUCUCAGUUUUUUCAUCUAUCAAGUGACAAUAAUAAUAACAGUACUUUGUAGGGUGGUUGUGAGAAUGAAAUGAGAUUAUAUGUAUCAAACCAGAUAUAUAGAAAGCCUUCUUGUUAGCAAUUAUUAUUCUGCUCUUUUCCCCUUAUUCCAAAGUGCUGCUCAACAAGAAUUCGAAGACAAUUGGACAGAAACCUCACCUUUCAUAAAAUGGUGGCAUGGAUGAUUGCACUUCACACUGCUAUCCACACCAUUGCCCAUCUAUUUAAUGUGGAGUGGUGUGUGAAUGCCCGGGUCAACAACUCUGAUAAUUAUUCAAUAUUACUCUCUAACAUUGGAGAUAAGCCUGGUGAAACUUAUCUCAAUUUUGUUCGAGAAAGAAUCAAGAACCCAGAAGGAGGCCUGUACGUGGCUGUGACUCGGUUGGCAGGCAUUACUGGAGUUGUCAUCACGUUAUGCCUCAUAUUAAUUAUCACCUCCUCCACCAAAACCAUCCGGAGAUCUUACUUUGAAGUCUUUUGGUACACUCAUCAUCUCUUUGUGAUCUUCUUCAUUGGUCUUGCCAUCCAUGGAGCUGAACGAAUUGUACGAGGACAAACUGACAAGAGUUUGGAGGAGAGCCCCCCAAAGAAGUGUUCCGAUAAGAUCUUAGAUUGGGGAAAACCAAAUGAAAACUGCACAAUCCCGAGGUUCUCUGGGAACCCUCCUAUGACUUGGAAAUGGAUAGUCGGUCCCAUGUUCCUGUAUCUCUGUGAGAGGUUGGUCCGGUUUUGGCGAUCUCAACAGAAAGUAGUCAUCACCAAGGUGGUCACUCACCCUUUCAAAACCAUUGAGCUACAGAUGAAGAAGAAGGGAUUCAAGAUGGAAGUGGGACAAUACAUUUUUGUCAAGUGCCCCAAGGUGUCCAAGCUGGAGUGGCAUCCCUUCACACUGACCUCUGCCCCUGAAGAAGACUUCUUUAGCAUCCAUAUCCGUAUUGUUGGCGACUGGACGGAGGGGCUGUUCAAUGCUUGUGGGUGUGAUAAGCAGGAAUUUCAAGAUGCCUGGAAACUACCUAAGAUAGCCGUUGAUGGACCCUUUGGCACAGCCAGUGAAGAUGUGUUCAGCUACGAGGUGGUGAUGUUAGUGGGAGCAGGGAUUGGGGUCACGCCCUUCGCAUCCAUUCUCAAGUCAGUCUGGUACAAAUAUUGUAAUAACGCCAUCAAUCUGAAGCUCAAAAAGAUAUACUUCUACUGGCUGUGCCGGGACACUCAUGCCUUUGAGUGGUUUGCGGACCUGCUGCAGCUGCUGGAGAGCCAGAUGCAGGAGAGGAACAACGCUGACUUCCUCAGCUACAACAUCUAUCUCACCGGCUGGGAUGAGUCUCAGGCCAAUCACUUUGCUGUGCACCAUGAUGAGGAGAAAGACGUGAUCACAGGCCUGAAACAAAAAACUCUGUAUGGACGGCCCAACUGGGAUAAUGAGUUCAAGACAAUUGCAAGUCAGCACCCAAAUACCAGAAUAGGAGUUUUCCUUUGUGGACCUGAAGCGUUGGCUGAAACCCUCAGUAAACAGAGCAUCUCCAACUCCGACGCUGGCCCUAGGGGAGUGCAUUUCAUCUUCAACAAGGAAAACUUCUAACUUGUCUCUUCCAUGAGGAAACAAAUACGAGUUAUGCUGCCAAAUGCCCACAUAAUGCUAGUUAAUGCCCUUUUUUAAAAAGGAGAAAAAGAAACUAUAAUGUGAUGUUUUUUUCCUCCAAGGAAUGUCGGAGGUUUUUUUGAUAGCGAUAAAAACUCUGUAUGGGAUGUUAUGGUUUCCAGAGCACUUUUGUAAACAUUAUUUCAAUUUUUCCUCAGUAAUGCCAUAAGGAAGUGAGGACAGGGAUUCCUGGACUCAUUUUUAGGGUAAAGGAAUGAAGGCUUAAAAUGGUUGAGUAACUUAUCUUAGAUUAUGAAGCUGAGAGCAGAUCUCAGCCAUCUGACUCCAGGUUUGGUGUUCUUUCCACAAUACCAGGCUGCCUCAAAAUGGGUUCGUAUGCUCCUGAAAGGAAGCAGUGAAUCACAGAAUAGCUAUUCGUUUUUCACUGUGCCAUCUUUGUUAUCAUUAUUGUCAUUUUGAAGGACAUUUUCCAGGUAGUUUGGAGCUAAUAUAUGCUGAGAGUGACUCAACACACAAUAGUGGCUGGGUUGACAUCUAAGUAUACUCCAGUUUACCAAGAGAGCAGCCUAACUGGAUCAGAGAUUCUUCCUAAAAAAAAAAAGAUUGGGGUUAAAAUAAUACAAAGUGUUUACCAUGGCGCUUGGCCGACAGUGGGCAGUCAAUGAAAGUUUGUUGAAUGAAUGAAUGACAUGACAUUUAGAGCCACAUGAUGCCAAGUUAGCAUUAUUUUAAAGUCUUAAACAGAAUUAUCACAAGAAACAACUUCGGUUAUUCUUAUAGACUGAAGGAAUCUGAUUCUCCUGAGGGUAGAGAACAUGCUAAGUAGCUCACCAGUAUGAUGUCCUGGAGGUUCCCUCACAGCCUUAUUUGAAGCAUGAAGGAAAUGGGGAUAGAUGCAGAGAAUUGACCUCCUGCCAUAACUCUGGCAGGCUCUUCUAGUCCUGCUUCCUGUGAUUUGAAAGAAGUUCAGACUGAUUUAGUGCCUGCAAGUACAGCCAGCCCUUGUGAAUUUAAAAUUAAGAAUUGUGACAAAUGUGUAUCUGAUUUGCCCAUCUACCUUAAAUAGCAUCCACCCGUUGUCUUACUUAAAUGCUCACACAAACAAAACCUAGCUAAGGGUUUAUUAUUUUCUCAUUCUCAUCAUCAUCUUUAAAUUUACAUUCUAGAAACUAAAAUCCCCAGCUUACUGUGUAAGUAUUGACUUCACAACUAAUAGAAUGUUCUGGAUAUUUGUGAGUUCAAGACAGAGUCUCUAAGUCACUGUUAGUGUGGCAAGACAUAGUGUAUUUUCUUAGAACUGCUACAUUUCUGGGAACUAGAAACAGCUUUAUUUACCCCACCCUCUAGAGCCACAGAUUAUUAGAACUACUCGACUUUGGUAAAGAGGAAGAAAAAAGGGAACAAGGGUAAGGGCAGAAGGCUGGGUUAGGAGGAAAGGGAAGAGAAAAGGGGGUUAAGAGUAGACAGAGAAGGAAAGAAAGCAAAAAUGACAAAAGGAAAGCUAGGGGACCUCCUGUUGGUCAAUUCCUGCCUCAAAUUUCUUAAAACUUUGUGUAUAUUAAAUGUAAUCGAAGGAUGCAUGUGCUUAUGCAUUUUAUUUUGGUUACAUAUGGGAUCAAAUCUUGUAUAUUCUAAGCUUUGUUCACAAAUUUUGGGUACUCAGUAGGCAUAUUCAGGGUAGUGGGGUGAACUAGUAAGAACUCAGCUUUUUUAAAAGGGGGUACUGCUCUUCCUUUGGGCUCCUAAGUUCCCAAGGCUCUGAGGGUUGGUCCUGGAAAGUUAGGCCUGAUAUGAGAAACUUUCCUCCCCAAAACGUCCUGGUAAGGUUUCUGCUUGGAGCAACUUAGGUCCAAUCUGAUUAUAUCACACCCCAGGUGUCAAUUCAUUCAUUCAACAAACAUUUAUUCUGCUAUUACUGUUACUCAGGCUCUAUGUUCGUUGUUUUGAUUCUUUACACCAAAGUGUGAGCAGGAGGGGGAAACUUGGUUAUAAGAAGUCUGAGAAACUUGGCUCUUUCUGACCUACAUGGCAAAAGUAAAACGAGCUCCAAUUGCUCUGAGACAGUUAUCUUAUUUGUGAGAUGAAAAGUGAGGGAAAAGUUCAUCAUUAUGAGAGCUUACUUCUUCUUUCUCCUCCCUAGCUUCCAGCUGCCAGCCCAGCUUUUGCAUUUUAGCAUUUAGUAAAGGUACUAAGAAAGCAAUGAAGCAUGGCUUUUGAUCUGAAGGCUUUUUAGUUCUCCUGCUUUUGCAAUACUGUGCUUAUGAAAUUUGAAUAUUUGGGAGUAUUGCAUAUGAAUAGUUUGGGGGAAGAUCCUAGGAGAUAAUUCCCAGGAAGAACGAUUAAAACUGCUCAACUAUUAGAAUGAA